AUGGCGUCUGCAGAGGAAAAUGAGGAUGAUGAUGGUGAUGAGAUUAGAGAAGAUGCCAUCUCCAUCGCACAGGUUGUCCAGGGCCAGACCUUCUUCAACGUCAACAAGAAUGACAGGGUCUUGACAAAAUUGACCACUGGACGUGGUCUGAACAGGCAUGCAGCCAAAUCAAACGACAUGUGCAAGAAACAGUUCUGGCAUAAUAUGCAAGUUGCUAGGCGUGAGGCGUGCAAUGCAGCCUACGCGCAAGUGCAGCGGCAUGCAAUGGAAGCAGCCGGAGAGGUCGUGCCAGACAACCAUAAAUUCCGAGCUGCACGUAAUGGCGAUCAAUUCUUCGUGAAGGGCGGCGCCGUCGAGGUUCAGCUCGAGGGCAUGACUGUAUUGACCACCUUUGCAGUGAAAGGAGACCUUUUCUUUCGCUUGGAUACCCAAACGGUCAGGCAGGUGAUUGCCGCGAUCCGGGGCAGUCCUGAUAUAGUCAUUGGUUCGCCCAAAAGGAAACGGCGCAGAAAGAGAAAGGGAGGGUCAUUGACACCACAACGGAAAAACUGUCAAGAAGAACCUGAAGAAGAUGCUGCUGGCGAGGCAGAGACCAGUGAAUGA